AUGGUGCCCACGCCCCAGGAUCCAUCGUACUCAUCUUCUGCCACUGCCCCUUUAUCUCACUCGGAGGACCUCUCCGCUCAGGAUCUACAUAUAAUCCAGCAGGCGGCUUCUGUCCUAAAUUGCCACGUCUCCCAACUGCUGGUACUUCAUAAUAGAAACCCUCAUCCGCUGCAGUAUUCCAACCCAUCUGUACCCUACCUUGUCCCAACGAAGAGACCGCGUUUUAGUUCAGAUAUGACAGCUCAGUCUCCUCAGGAGAAGCCAUCAUCGUCUAUUUUGCCUACUCAACACGACUCUGAGCGCCCCCAUGCCCCUGAAGUAUCCAAUAGCGGCCUCUCAUUGGGCAUGGAUCGCUCUCGUCUUGUACAGUAUAUGUCUAAUUUCGCUAUCUGUUCACCGUGCACAACUUGCGAGCCCCAAGGUCUGCUUCCCAUUCUAGCUACAUGUGUCCUGACGAGCGGGCAUACUGAAAAUGAUACAGACUAUACCCCAGUCCCAGCAAACUCGCCCUACACUUAUGUCCCUCCAGCACGGCAAUACUUUGAUGACAGGCCGUUGUCCCCAGGCUCGGUACCCGUGACUAUUUCUGCGGACCAUACUAAUGGCUUUGCCUCUUCCAAUGGCCCCUCCACGGCCCCACCGAUGAUGCCCAAUUAUCCCAUCUUACAGCCAAAUCGACCUAUGAUUAUCCAGCCUUCCACUAGCGGUGAAGGCAUGAUCUAUCCAGAGCCUCUGCCCAAUCAGCAGUAUUUCAGUCAAUCAAACUUGCCGCAUGGCCUACCGCAUGGCUUACCGAAUUCCAUGCCGAAUCACGCGAUGGGAAACCACAAUUACGGAGUAUCGCUGCCGAUUCAAAGCGGUGCGGCUGAAGAAGCCUCGCCCCAGGAAAUGGAUGGAAUUCGAGGUGUUAAUAAACUUCGUGAGUUAGACAUUGUACAGCCAAAUCAAAGGCCCCCACCCGUAAGGAGGGGGCCAUUCAAGUCAAAUCAUGUCCGGGAGCAGACAGCCGAGACAAGGCGGAUCGGUUCGUGCAUCCGGUGCCGGAUGCAGCGGAUUCGCUGCGAGACGAACCCCCAAGACAAGUUUGGUGCUUGUUUAACGUGCCAGAAAGUGGCAAGUGUGAAAGUGUGGCGGAUGCCUUGCCUCCGUUUCAAGAUUACCGACGUGAAGCUCUUCAAGCCAGGAAAUGUCAAAGGAUAUGAGUGGACUCGAAGGUGGGUGGAAGGCAUUCCUGACGACAUAUCACAAUGGGCAUCCGCGGAGACCAAAACGGUAAAGGUCACCGAAGGAUACACCGAGCAGCCCAUUGAGCUUCGCGUUCGCCAAUUUAUUCCACAAGAGGGUGAUAGACUUGAGCGAAGUUGGGUUCAUGAAGGCACCACGAGGACGGUCAACAUCCCCCCUUACGCUAUAGUGAACCUCGAAGAAGCUAAGAGCACCUAUAAUGAUUAUAUAAAGCAAAAGUUGCCGGAAUGUUGUAAGAAGGUCUUAUCAAGCAAGGAGAAGUUGCUGUUUGCAACAUACGUAGCGGCGAUCAAAGCAUCAAGGGAUCCGUCUACCGACCCCAAGGAGAGUGCGCUUCUGAGGAAAGCGCUGCAGUUGUGGAUGGCCAUUCGCUUGACCACCAAAUCGACCAUCAUUGUUGGAGACGAGACACUGGGGAUGUCUCGCGAUAUCAUGGAUGAAACCAGUCCACUUCGGGGAUGCAUCCCCCUGCCACCCGUGAUGGGUGCACAGAUUGAAUUGGUCCUGAUUCACCAAAUCCAAUCCAGUCUUCGUCGCGAGAUGUUAGAAAGUCUACAAGCAAUGACGCAGGCUAACAAACACCAGACCUGGUUUACCACAUACCUCAUAACUUUUAUCUUACUGCACAAUGUAGCUCUUCUCUGUCAACACGACGCUGGGUAUGCUCGAAAACAUGGGAUCAAGAGUCGAUUUGCAAGAGAAGAGAUGGUGAGAGAGUACCAAAUGGGAGCAAACAUCCUGUUAGCGUACUUCCAUUACUGCAACAAAGGCGUAUAUCCAUUCUCCGCGGAAUGCAAGGAUGAAGACCUGUCAACCUUGGCGGAAUUAGACGAGUCCAAGAUGAAACUUAUCCAAGGCACGAGAGCAAAUGUUGAAAAAAAUAGUGAUGUUCUGAUCGCUUAUUGGUCGACUGCAGGAAAGCUCUGGGCGAAGAUACGGCAGAGUGGCGAUUAUGAAAAUGACUUCUACUAUAUAAGCCAACUCUACGAAGAGACCUGGACGCCGCAAACGACGAUCUAA